AUGUCAAGACAAGUAAAUCUAGGAAUUUCCAGUCUGAAAGGGCAGCGAUUUGAUUUGAAUGGAGCUCGAACGGUUUCUGCGCUUGAGUUACCUUGCCAGAUCUUGGAUGUUGAGUUUCUGAAGCGGAAAUACACGUAUCUGGAUGGAGUUCCGGUGAAGUCGUACAAUCGUGUACGGCCGAGGAUCUUGAUAGGCGUAAAACAUGCCAAUAUCUCGUUGGUGAGGCGCUGUCGUGAAGGCAAGGAUGGUGAACCAAUCGCCGUCAAGACUCGCCUAGGUUGGACGAUCUUCGGAUGGCGGUCGAAUCAAGAGAAAGUUGACGGGAACUACAGCUAUCACAUCUGCGAGUGUAGUCUACAAAACGAAAGUCAACUGCAUCAGGAAGUCAAGCAGUAUUUCUGCCUAGACAGUUUGGGGAUAAUGAAACCGACAAACACAACUAUUUCUAUAGACGACGAACGAGCAUUAUCGCUUUUAAAUUCGCUCACGCGCACCGUCGAAAACAAAUACGAGACCGGUCUUCUUUGGCGUUUCGAUAGUAUUCGUUUACCCGACAGCCGACCGAUGGCUUUGCAACGACUGAGAUGCCUCCAAAGACGUUUAGCAAAAGACAACGAUUUAAGACUUGCGUACAAUGCAAAACUAGCCGAAUAUGAACAAAAGGGGUAUAUUAAAAAAGUAGUGCCGGAAGAGCUAGCAGCGAGAAAGGGACAGGUAUGGUAUCUACCAACGUUUCCGGUCAUUAAUCCCAAUAAGCCAGGGAAGAUUCGGAUUGUAUGGGACGCUGCUGCAACCGUACGUGGAGUUAGUCUGAACUCGGUGCUGUUAACAGGUCCGGAUUUGCUGAGUUCGUUGGUUGCUGUCUUGCACAAAUUUCGUGAAUAUCGUGUUGGUAUUUGCGGAGACAUUCGCGAGAUGUUUCUCCAGAUAGGUAUACGGCCUGAGGAUCAGUUUUAUCAACUGUUUCUUUGGAACGAAGAUAGCAGCGAACGCGAGCCAAGCACAUUCAUAGUCCCCGUAAUGAUCUUCGGAGCAUGCUCGUCACCGACCACUGCUCAGUUCGUUAAGAACAAAAACGCUCAGAGGUUCCGUGAAGAGUUUCCGUUAGCAGUUGAGGCCGUGGAGAACAAACAUUAUGUCGACGACAUGCUCGCUAGCACGGAGACUGAAGCUGAAGCUAUUGAACUAGCAAAUUCGGUAAAAUACAUCCACGCGCAAGGUGGGUUUGAUAUUAGGAACUGGGUGUCCAAUUCUACCGAGGUUUUGAAAGCUCUAGGUGAAAAGCCGAUGAAUGAGAUGGCUCUCAAUAUAGUGGCGGAGUACGCUACUGAAAAGGUUUUGGUGGAUUUGGUGGUUUUGGGGAUGUGGUGGAAUACAUCAACCGAUUGCUUCAUUUAUAAGAUCUGCUGGACUCGAUUUGACGCGAAGCUGUUUGAUGGAAGCAGACCUCCAACAAAACGAGAGCUGCUCCGUAUCCUUAUGAGUAUAUUUGACCCGUUAGGACUUAUCUCCCAUUUCCUGAUGGCUCUGAAGGUCACGCUUCAAGAUGUAUGGCGCAUAGGACUGAAGUGGGAUGAUCAGAUAGAGGGCAAGCAGUUAGACAGCUGGAAAACAUGGACAGAACGUUUACCGAAAUUAGAGGAACUGCAAAUUCCCCGAUGUUACCGUCAAAUUACGUCCAUAGGUGAUCGUAAUCGGGUUCAAUUGCACACAUUUGUUGAUGCAGGAGAAAACGAAAUGGCUGCCGUUGUAUAUCUACGGUUCGAGGAGGACGGGCAUAUCGAAUGUGCUUUGGUAGCGGCGAAAACGCGUGUUGCUCCCCUGAAGUAUCUGUCAACACCUCGAUCAGAGCUUCAAGCUGCCGUAAUCGGUGCCAGGCUGGCCGAUAGCAUAAUCAAAUCAUUGUCCAUUCAUGUACUACGACGUUUUUUCUGGUGUGACUCCCGCAAUGUAUUGUGUUGGUUACGUUCCGACCACCGGCGGUACAGCCAAUACGUGGCUGCAAGAGUGAGCGAAAUCCUGGACAUUACCGAAGUCAACGAUUGGAACUGGAUUAAAUCGGAGCAGAAUGUAGCUGAUGACGGCACUAAAUGGACGAAACAUAUACAGCUGAGAUGUAGCGAUCGCUGGUUCAAAGGGCCUGAAUUCCUAAAGCAGCCGGAGCCAAAAUGGCCCAUCAUUCAUUCUAACCAAGAAACAACAACCGAAGAACUUCGAUCAACCGCACUCGUCAACACCCACAUCAAAGCUGAAGAACCGGUUGUCAUUGCAACUAAAUAUUCAAAUUGGAAACGAUUGCUGAAAGUUACGGCUUAUGUGAAGCGGUUUGUGGACAACAUACGAGCGAAACAACAUCAACAAUCUUCGCAACAUGGACCUUUGGUAUCAGCUGAACUACAGUGGGCUCAGAUGUAUCAUUUUCGCCAAGCCCAACAAAAUGUAUACAACGAGGAGUUGAAGAUACUCGCCGAUGCCAACGGAGAUGGACACCAAAAACGACUAUCAACUAACAGCAGAAUUUAUAAGAUGAGUCCGUUUCUGGAUACCGGGGUAUCCCUAAAUGACGCCUUGAUGGUGGGGCCAGUGAUUCAGGAGGACCUAGUUUGCAUUACUAUGCGUUUUCGAAUGCCAAAGUUUGCCAUCAUCUCCGACAUUGAAAAAAUGUACCGACAAAUUUGGGUGGAUACAGUUGACCGCCCCCUCCAGCAGAUCCUGUGGCAAGACAAGCCCGGUGAACCGAUUAGAAUAUUCCAACUCAAGACAGUGACGUACGGGACAUCUUCUGCACCAUAUCUGGCCACAAAGUGCCUUCAGGAGUUGGCCAAACAAGGGCAAUCAUCGCAUCCAGUCGCUGCAGUAGUUCUUGCAAAGGAUUUCUACAUGGACGAAUUCUCCCAAAACCCUGGAAAGCAGGAGCUUCGGGAGUAUAAAAAGACUUGGGAUGAACCUUUAGAAGACGAUCUCCGAAAUCGUUGGCUGCAGUUUAGGAGCGAACUAGCUGCAGGUGAUUCCAUUACCGUCCCAAGAUGGGUUAUUACAAUCUUCCAACCAAUUCUUCUUGAGGCGCAUGGCUUUAGCGACGCUUCAUUACGAGCAUACGGGGCAUGUAUCUAUUUUAGAGCUGUAUUGGAGAGUGGGGAUAUUUCUGUUCAUCUUCUUACCUCAAAGUUCAAGGUCUUUCCUUUCGGAAAAAGCAAGAAGCAGAAAACUAUUAACCUCCCCACCUGGAACUGUCUGGUGCGUUACUCCUAA